CUCCAGCGGUGGAUGAGGGUGCUCUGGUCCCAUGCCCUCUUACGUGAAGUGUUACCAAACUUGCUGACAUUUGCCAACCUGGAAGGAACGACACCGUGUAAUGAUUCACCAACAUGCUGUGCAGGCCCAGCCACCAGCGCCAGCGCGGAGGAUAAAGGGAAGCCAGCUGGGCUGUGGUUGGCAGAGCAGACUUCUUGAAAGAGGAAGAGCUCAAGCAGACAGUGGGUGUGGAAAAGGGGAGCAUCCUGGGCACCGGCUGCUGGCCAGAGGCACCCCGGGCCAUGUCAGAACUUCGAGCAGGUGACAGAGAGCAGUUGUCACAGCCUCAAGAUGCUGAGCCUGAAGCUCCCCCGGCUGUUUCGCAUCGACCAGGUGCCCCAGGUGUUCCAUGAGCAGGGCAUCCUCUUUGGCUACCGGCAUCCGCAGAGUUCCGCCACGGCCUGCGUCCUCAGCCUUUUCCAAAUGACCAAUGAGACCCUCAACAUCUGGACUCACUUGCUGCCCUUCUGGUUCUUCGCGUGGAGGUUUGUGACCGCCUUGUACGUGACAGACAUCUGGAAUGACAGCUACUCCUGGCCUCUGUUUGUGUACAUGGGCACCAGCUGCGUGUACCCGCUUGCGUCCAGCUGUGCGCAUACCUUCAACUCCAUGUCCAAGAACGCCCGGCACAUCUGCUACUUCCUGGACUACGGUGCCGUCAACCUCUUCAGCCUGGGCUCAGCCAUCGCUUACUCUGCCUAUUCGAUCCCCAACGUGAUGGUGAACACCACCUUCCAUGACUACUACGUGCCCCUGGCCGUGCUGAACACCAUCAUCAGCACCGGCCUCUCCUGCUACUCCAGGUUUCUUGAAAUCCAGAAGCCCGGGCUCUGCAAGAUGCUUCGCGUCCUUGCCUUUGCUUAUCCCUACACCUGGGACUCCCUUCCCAUCUUCUACAGGCUGUUCCUGCUUUCGGGGGACGGUGCGCAGAAUGAAGCCGCCUUGUACCACCAGAAGCACACGGCCAUGACCCUCCUGGCCUCUUUCUUCUACUCCGCACACCUGCCAGAGCGCCUGGCGCCUGGACGCUUCGACUACAUCGGUCACAGUCACCAGCUAUUCCACGUGUGUGUGAUCCUGGCCACACACCUGCAGAUGGAAGCCAUUGUUCUGGACAAGACUCUGAGGAGGGAAUGGCUCCUGGCCAACUCCAGGCCCCUGUCUUUCCCUCAGAUAGCUGGAGCUGUACUUCUGUGCCUCAUCUUCAGCCUCAGCAACGUUAUUUAUUUCUCAGCUGCUCUGUAUCGGAUUCCUGAGCCAGAAUUACAUAAAAAAGAAACAUGAUUCAGACCAUAAGCUUUUCAUGCCAGAUGUCAACAUUAAGCUACAACCUCCUAAGCACCAUAAGUGCCUCGUGGUACCUGUUCACCAAGGUCUAAAAUAUUCACGGUGGUUGAUGUCUUGGCAUUUUUGAGUGCGUUCAUGUCAAUAAGGUGUUUAACUGGGGAAAUGUCUCUCAAUGUGCACUUAUUCUAUAAUUGUGAUUUUAAAAGGGGAAGAUGGGUUCAAGUAAGUCCUUGUUCAGGCGAAUCCUUAAUAGUUCAUUAAGUCUUAAAUUUAUUUAAAAUAAGGCAGUUUGAAGCCUUCCUAUUAAAUGGCCGGAUGAAGCUUUACUACUCUUGUAGUGUUACCCUUUGAAAACGGACGCUGCUUCAUUUGUUGAGUCCCACAUGGCACAGCUCCUGCCAAGACCUCCACGGUGGGAGGAGAAUGUGCCAGAAAGAUCAGCAGGAGGUGUGGAGGGGGCGGAGUAAGAGGAAGCUGGGUCUGUGGGAGCCCUGGGGACUGGGGAGACACUUCAGGAUGAAGAGACCUGUUUUGGGGAGGGUGCUUCUUCCUUUCCUCACCUAGUGAAGGGAAUGAAUGAAGAGUCCUCUUUCCCACAAGUCUGUUGUGCCUUAAAGUGCCAAUUCCCAUGUCACGUGGAUUUGGAUUUUCUCUAAAGGCCACAUGGCUGGGUGUCUGUGUUCUGUUUUGUUCUGUUUUCUCGUUGCCAAUUUGAUGCUGCAAAGCAUUAUGCAGUGCAGGUCAAAUAUGUGAGGCAUGGGAGCUGGCUGAGUUAAUUCCAGUUGGCUGUGCUCAUCUGUCACUGUGUAAACCAAUGGCAUGGCUCUAUUUGGGGAUGCUAUCCAUUUAAUAUUGCUUCAGCAUUUCAAAGGUGCUGCAAAAUUUAGUGUUCCUGGGCAGAGGAUGUCAAAGACCUUGUAAAGGGUUGGUCAACUACAGUGAUCCUCAAGCUUUGCUGCGAAUCAGACACAUUUGGUGAGUUGGCGACCAGUGCGGAUUCCCAGGCCAAGUCAGGGGAUUCUGUGUUAGUAGUUUAAGAUGUAGGUCUUUUGGAGGAGAUUUGCCCUGAAUCUGAGGAAGUCCCCAGGUGACCCUAAUGCAGAAGGGCCACAGGCCAAAUGGGAAAAAUGCUGGCGUCAUGAGUUCCAGAAGGCACUGGGCCUCUCAGCUUUGUUGCAGUUGACCUAAUUUUCAGCAACUCACCACCUAAGGAUGUAUCCCGGGCUGUCUACUCUGCACAAGAGUAGCACACUGAGCAUUUUCUCAUCUGUUGCCUUAGGAGUUAAAGUUUAGUAUUUCGUGCUGUUUUCAGAGAGUUCAGAAAUGCUGAUGCAAAACUGUAGCAGACGCCCAUCAACCCCUGAUCUGUACUUGCUAAUGACUUGAGGGGCUGUCCAUCACAAAGCAGGAUCCUCUUUGCUGACUCAGGAACACCCUCAAAACUUAGAAUACUGCCUCUGUGGUAACUGGCCCAGAAACUUGAAUGGCCUCACGAAUAGCUCAUCGUCCAACCCUCUGAGGACAAGUACAAAUUUAUAUUGGCUGAGAGUGGUCAAGAAAUAUGAUUUCAUUAGUUUUACUGUUUAUUUACUUCCUCUGGGGAAAGGUAGACUGAUAAAAUUAUAUGGGCUGGUAAAUUUUUGGUACAUUAAUUGCCCGCUGCAUGACAAAAUUUGGUUUGGGGCGAUAAUCUGACACUCCUAGUGGAAUUUUACUCUAGCAGGGUCUGUGGGCACCCGUUUCGUCUUGCUGUAACUUCAAUUUUAUGCUGCAAAAAGGCACAGAGUUUAAAUACCCUAUUGUAGCAGGUGCCAAAGACAUGAAGCUCUUUAACAUCUCUUGUUUCAGGAGAGGAAAAUGUUUGUUUAGUUCAGAAAUAGUUGAAAGUUAUAGGUGAUUGAUUUGAAGGACCUUCAGAUUAUUUAAUUUUGGGUGAUGUGACUUUUUCGUCAUCCUUAAUGAUGGGAAAGAAAAUGUUACAUCAACAAAAGAAGACCAGUGUUUCAUAAUGUUUUUAUACGUUUGGCAAACUCAGUCCCACUCUAUACUUUUGGACAGUGUUACAAAUUAAAAUCGGAUGACAGUUUGCAAUGUGCUGAUUUGGAAGCUUCUAGAUACAGACAAUGGGUUCAAAAAUAUUAAUUACCAUUAGGUAUUAAGUGUAAUGUGGGUUUGCUUAAGCCAAAGUCAAAAAGGAAAGGCAAAAAGGUUGGCAGCGGGUGGGCUGGAGAGCUCACUGGGAAGGUGUCUUUUCAUGUGGCGGCCCUCAGGUUUUUAUUGUCUCCAUACACCUUGGAAAUGUGCCAUACUCCCCUUGGGAGCAAUGCUCGCCACCGCACGAUCUCAAAGAGGAUUUUGUGGGGGGGUGACAGACUCCUAAUGGGAUGACCCUCUUCUUCCUCCCCCUGCAUGAGAAACACUGCCCCCCACAUUUCCCAGAUGCCACGGUGGUGAUGAAACUUGAAUGUAUUCGAAUGAGGCCGUUUAGCUAACCGCGUUGUCCUUCGCUCAUCAUAGCUUUGCUUUCCAUUGCUCGGUUUCUAGAGAGCAACGAAUCUGUCACCGAUUGGAGUGAGAAGUGGGAGGUUUUAGGAAACCAUUUGAGUACAAAGUGACCUGUCUGACCUGCUGCCGUCUUAAAGUGUUUGUUGUGGAACUCAGCUCACGUGAGAAGUUCUAAGGAAGGCAAGGGGCAGUGGAUCAGUGUGAUCAGAUGUGUUUGGAGAGACUUCAUUUGGCUCUGCUGUGUCCCUAAUUUGUUUGGCCGUGGUGCUAUAUGAAACACCUAUUCACACUGUAUAACAACUCUUGAUAACAUAUUAGUUGAACGCCGGCCUCUGACGUUCUGGUCAACAAUCCAUUGUGGAUGAAAAGGCAAAGACCCAUUUCUGAACACAGCUGUUCCCCCAACUUACACUGAUGUCUGGUUUUCUUAAACUGAAUGGGAGGAAAAAAAUAAACUUUAUUAUAAUAAA